AUAUUUAGAUUAAUAGACUGUCAUAAAUAUAUUAUAUUUCUUUCUAUCGUUUAUUUCUAUUUCUUCCCUGUUGUCACAUCUAAAUGAAAACCCAACUACAAAUAUUCGUGGUGUGUAUAAAUAAACACACAUAUAUAUAUAAAUAUGGAUAAAGCUUAACGAUUUCAUCCCUUGUAACAUUCUAUAAACUCAGGUAUAUCAAUGUAUAUUCUGUUGAUCAUGGCUUGUAAGUAGUAUAGAUGUAUGUGUGUAUGUAUCUAUGUAUGUAUGUGGUUAUAUGGGCAAGUACUUACUUAAAAGGAUUUGUUAUCUAUGAAACAAUCCUUAGAAUUUUUUUUCUAGAAGUUCAAAUGUAACAGACAUAUAUUAUUAUCCAAGGCAUAAGACAACGGACAUAGAUACAAAUAAAUAUUCUCCCACCCACCCCUGUACCUUAUUCUUUUUUUUCCCGUUUUAGUCACCAUCAUCAUUUGCAUCAUUUUCAAUUUUAAAAAUAAAUAACUUUUACAAUCGUUAUAUGAUAACAGUAUCCUGAUGAUCAUUCGUAUAUCUAUGGAGAUCAGUUUGUUCCUUUUUUCAUAUAAAUCAUAAAUGAUCAUGAUUUAGGAUUUAAUUAUACUGAACAUGAAUGAUGAUGAUGAUCAUUCAUUGAUUCAUUCAUUCAUUAAAACAUUCGAUAUUGAAUUUAUUCAAUUCCAAUUUCACAUGGAUACAUUGGAUAAAUAAACUUUCAUUUAAUUUAUGGAAUUAAAAAAACACUACUACCAACACCAUCACCCCACCCCCUAAUGAAUCCUUCAAAUCAUUAUGAUAUAAAUUCUAUUGUCUUUCUCUUUGAACAUGAUUCAAUGUUCGAUUUUGUCAAACAAACACAUAUACACAUACACGUACAAAUAAAGUAACUUAAUCUUUAUCUAAACUUAUACAUAUACCAUAGUAACAAUAAUGACUUAUGAUAAAACCCGCUUAAAAUUCAAUUCAAAUAUAUCUUAUUAUAAUCAUAAUAAACAAUUUGAUUUACCAUCAUUACUUGCUACUGGAAAAUUUUAUAUUGAUGAAUAUGGUUUUCUUGUUACAUCUAAUGGUACACGUUAUCGUAUCCCAUCUGGUCCACCAGAAGGUCGUAAACCAUUACAAUUUAAUCAAUUACCAAUCAUUAAUAAUAAGAAUAAAUCAAUAAUUCAUUUCAAUUAUCCAAUCAAUAUAAUCAAUAAAUCCCAUGAAACUAUUCAUAUUGAAUUACAAGAUACUCAUAAAUUAAUCAAUAAUUCUGAUCAUGAUUAUGAUGAACAUGAUCAUAAUAGUAUUAUGCAAUCCUCCUCAUCCUCCUCCUCCUCCACAUCAUCAUCAUCAUCAUUGUUAUUAUCAUUACCUUAUAUGAAAUCCAAUCUAUCAAUGAAACCAUUGAAUAAUAGUUCAUCUAUGAACUUCAUUCAUUCAAAUCAACAUCAUCAUGAUCAUCAUCCUAGUGAUACAUUACAUACCAUAGAUUGGAAUGUGAUCUUAUUUACAUUAAUUAUUAGUUCUAUUUCAUUAGUUUGUAAUAUUAUUUUAAUAGUUUUCUUAUCCUAUCGAUUACAUCACCAUCAUCCUCGUCAUCAUCCACAUGUUCGUCAUUAUCAGAAAUGGUUACAUCAUCACCAUCAUCAUCAUAAGCAUUUCAAUAGUUCAUGUAAUCAUAGUAAUCAUGAAAAUAAACAACUGACUACUACCAGUACUACUAAUAAUACUACUAAUUAUGAAUAUAAAGAUAUAUUAUGUAAUCAUCUUUUUAAAAAUCAAUCAAUCCCAUGUCAGUGUAUUACUGAUUUAAGCCCAGUUACUAAUUGUCCAUGUGUAUAUAAACAAAUGAAAGAUAACAAACACACUAGGAAUACCACUACUCAUAAAGAUAAUAAUAUUAGUAAUAUAAUGAAUUCUAAUAUUAAAAACUUAUCAUAUCCAUGUUGUAAUAUAAAUUCUAAUUGUGAUUUACAUUCAUCUCUAUUACGUAAUCAUAAAAAAAGUAAAAAAAUCAAAUCAUCUAUCAUAAAACAAUCGAAUCAAUAUAAUGAACAUGAUCAUUUAUAUUCAUGUAAUAAAUCAUUACCAUUUAAUCAUCAUUGGUUACUAUGCUCUACAAAUCAACAAUCCGAUAUUGAUCCAUUCAAUAAUAAUAAUGAUUGGAAAAUAAUUCCUAAUCAUGAUAUGAUUAGUGAUUGUAGCAAUGAAGAUGCUUAUGACAACAAAAACAACAACAGUAGUAAACAACACCACCACCACCAUAGCAACAACUAUUCAUCUAAUUCAAAUAUUUUAUAUACACCAUCAAAAUAUUCAAAACAACGACAACAACAACAUAAAUGUGUACAUCUUCAAACGAAUACAAAUCAAAGACAUCAUAUAUCACAACAACCAAUAUCUAUAAUUCAUUCAUAUAAUACUUUAUUAAAUCAAUCCCCUAGACUAAAUGAUUGUGUUAAUGAUCCAACUACUGAAGAAGACGAAGAAUUACAACAACAAGGAAUAGAACAAGAAGAUGAUCAUGACGAAGAAGAGGAUGAAGAACAAGAACAGGAAGAACAACAACGAGAAGAAGACAAUGAACACUUGGUAACUAAUCCAAAAUGUAUCAUAUUGAAAAAUUCCAUAUUUAUUUAUCAUCAAUAUAUUUAUAUAUGUUAUACUAUAGCAAUACAUUUAGGUAUUCUUGGUAUUAUAUUAUCAUUAUUACAAUUAUUAGUUAUAUGUAUUGCAUUAAUACAAAAAACUACCUUAGAUACUACCUAUUAUAUAACAUAUAAUCAUGAAUUUAUAUGUUUAUUAUCGAAUUCAUUAGCCACAGAUACAUUAUUAUGUGUUCGAUUAUACCUAGUAACUAUAUUUAUAUUAUGUUCAUUUAUUAUAUUCUAUAUACAAAUCAUCAUGAAAAUGGUAAUCACUAUUAUUGAUUUUACUAGUUUUCAAUUACCUAAAUAUUCUUUCUAUAAACGAUUUCUAUUUACUAUCAUACAUAAUACUACUAAUAAGCAUACUACUUAUAAUCAUGAUAGUAAUCAUAUUUAUUUUCAACAAAAUUUUGCAUAUAUUGCAUUAAUUCAUUCAAUUCCAUGGGCAUUAGCUGCUGGUACAUCAUUAUUCAUUGCUUUUUUAUAUCAAACACCUAUACAUUCAAAUUCAUUGAUCAUCAAUAAAUCAAUAUCUAAUCAUAGUCAUUACACAUGGAUAGAAUCAAUCAAAUUAAAUCAUGUAAAUCUAUUAUUUAAUGGAUUACAUUCAUUAUUGACAUGUUCUAUGAAAAGAACAUCAUUAUCGACAUUGUCAUCAUCGUCGAUAUCAUCAUCAUCAUCAUCAUCGUCAUCACCGUUGACAACAUCAACUCCAAUGAAUCAUGAUGUCAUCACAACUACUACAUCUACAUGGAUGUCAUCAAUUCUUUUAAUUAUUAUCCCAUUAUUAUUACAAAUGAUAAUGAUUAUAUUAUUUAUUAUCUUAUUAUAUAUGAUUAUAUCUUAUAUUAAUCAUAGAAAUUGUAUCAUAUAUAAAUUAAAAUUACCUAAUCAAUCAAUAAUAUUGAUUAUAUUGAUUUUAUUGAUCGAAUUGAUUAGUUUAUGUAUACCAAUUGUAUAUCAUUUUAUUAUGACAUUAUAUUCAAUUAAUGAUAAACAAUUAUUAUUUAUUACACGUAUUAUUAUAUUACAUUUUUGUAUUGAUCCAAUUUUAUUGAUUUAUAUCAUACAAAAAUGCCUUAGUAACAAAUAUAUUUUAAUGCUUAGUAACAAAUUUAAUAUAAUUCAUAUGAAGUCAAUAAAAAAUAAAAAAAUUAAUAAAAAUCAAUUAAUUGAUUAUCAUUCAUUGGAAUGUAUUAAUAAUGAUAAUAAUGUAAUGAAACCAUUAACAUCACCUAUACAUUUAUUUAAUUGUUUACCAAUGCAUCAUUCAAAUACUAUUACUAGUACUACUACUUAUACUACUACUAAUACUACUUAUAAUAGUAAUAAUAAUAUUCAAUCUGUUGUUAUGCCAUAUUUAACUGAUUCAGGAUAUUUUGUAUCAACAAUCAAUAAUAAUAAUAGUAAUAAUAAUAAUUCACUGAUUACAUCAUCAAUCAUCAAUAAUGAUAAAAUCAAUAUGAAUAAUUAUAUAUUACCCAUAACAACGGAUACAAUUGAAGUAACUAUGCCUAAUAUAUAUCCAAAUAAUAAUAAUAGUAUUACUAGUAGUAGUAAUAAUAUACAUCAAAAAGAUUCAUCAUUAUUAACCCCAGUUACAGAAAUGAUGGAUCAUAAUACAUUAAUUUAUAAAAAUAUGUAUGAUGCCUAUCCACAAUUAUGUCAACAUCAUCAACGUUUAUUAGCUGAACAAUAUAAACAACCAAAUAUGGAUACAAUAAAACGUAAUCGUCAUUUUACUAAUGUACCACGUAUGAAUCAAAUGAUAACAACAACAACAACAAAUUUUAAUGCAUUAUCUAUCAAUAAAUCAAUCAAUGAAUGUUCCAAUAAACAAUCAAUACAAAUAAUCAAUAAUCAUAAUCAUAAUGAUACAAUACCUCAUAUAAUGAAUGAAAUGGUAUGUACACAACAGCAUAGUACAGCAACAGCAGCUGUAAUGGCAGCUGCAGCAGCUGCAGUAGCAGCACAAGCAAGUACAUUAACUAAACCAAUACAUUCAUUAUUAGAUUCAAUACAAAUGACACCUAAUCCAUUAUUAUUUAUAAAUGAACAAAAAACAAUAGAACAACCUAUAUCAAAUGAUAAUCAAUAA